UUAUUUAUGACUGCGGUAUUCGCGACAACACAUUCAAUUCAAAUAUGGUAACGGUAUAAUUGAACGCAUAGUGACGCGCUUAAUUGGUUGGAACGCGAUGAUAAGGUUAAAGCUCCCGGGCAUAAUCCACUAUUUUCCUCGAGUACGGUUGCGGCCGCACUAAACUAGUCACUCACUCACUGUGACCAAAAUUAUUUUAACAUCCACAAUUUCUUCGUUCAUUCUUUCUCUCUUUUCCAGUUUACAGUUUGCAGCACAACAUAUGAUAUUAUACCAGUUACUCCAUAACAAUGUCCGCAAGAGUCUGGAAGUUCCUAUCAAAUACAAUUGGAAAAUUACAAAGUCCUAGACCGGCUCAACAAAAUGAUAAUUUGAAUAAUUCGCCAUCCCUGCGCCAGAUCGAGUCCAAUCCCGACACACCGACUCGUCACGGCAAUAGCAAUAAUGUAGGAGAAGAAUCUGCAAACGGAGGACUGUCAACAGAGCAGGAUGAGUCGGUGCUCGAUACACCACUGAAUAAGAAGAUCAGUAAUAUUAAAGAGAAGCUUGAGGAAGCGGUCAAAACAGUUCCGAAAAAUGAAGGAGAAGGUGAAGUUCAGGAGGAUGUCACGUCAGAGAAUUCAGACGAUAUUGAGACAGAAGUAGUACCAAAGCCAACCAAAAGAUUGGUAACUGGUAAACCAGUUGCAGUUCCACCUCCGAGACAUGGUCGUAGUAAGAGGGGAGGAUCUGCGGAGAAGGUAGAGACACCGGCGCAUACUGAGGUCCCGGUCGAAAAUACUCGCAAAACAAGGGGAAGAGGUAGACCUGCGAAGAAUUCAAAGGCAGUGGUUCAAGAUGAAGCUAUUGCUUCCACUGCACAAGCAGAAGGCAACAACACGGAAGAAGAGGAAACCGCAGAAGUCGCAGAGCUAUUAGUAAAGAAUGAACCUUCAGUCGACAAUUCUACGACUCGUAAACCAAGAGGAAGAGGUAGACCUUCAAAGCUGAAGGUAUACGCAGAAAGCAACCAGUCGGAGGCUGAGAUCAUGGCAGAAGGGGUAGAGACAUCGAAUAGCAACAACCCAAUUGAAAUCCCCAAGACCAAUCGCAGCAAUAUGAAGAGACCCUUACUUCCAAAGGUCGCAGACCAAGUACAUGUACCCGAACGCUCUAUUGAUACACCUCCAGUCGCCAACAAUAAACGAAGAAGAGAUGUUGUGGAAUCAUCUGCUGGAAGUGAAGAGCCUGAAAUGAGUUCUUCUGCUCGUGUUUCUAAUAAACGAAGAAAGACUUCUGCAAAGCCCGAAGGACCUGAUAUCCCACCUAUAGGAACCACUCAGGAAGCCAAAGACGCGCGCAGAAAAUAUAUGGACAGAGAAAGACAACGCAGGUGCCGACAACGUAAGAAGGACAGACAACAAGGAUUACAAGCAGCCGAGAGAGAAGUUUUAGCGCAGGCGAAAGACGAGAGAAAGAAAGCUAUGGCUCGAGAACGUGUUCGAAGGCAUAGAGAUAAUCAGAGACAGAAACAAGGUGUGGAUGUUGAAACGAAGGCAUCGGGUAGACAAAGAACUAGGGAAGAGGCCAGGCAGAGGGAUAGAGAUUUGAUUGCUGCGGGUGGAAGAUGUGGUGCGAGGAAUUCGGUGGAGAAUGAAUCGUUUAGCGAAUGAAGGAUUUAAGAAAGGGGUAUUAAAUGUUCCUUGUUAGGGUUGUCCUUUGUUUUGUUGUAUGACCCACUCGAGAACACGUUACUCUUGAUAUUUAUAACUUACAGCGAGUACUUGAAGUAUUUUAUGAGUCAAAGUCCCCCAAAUUUCAAAACGUUCGAGUUC